AUGGCUUCAAAAGCGCUAGAGAUGGAUCCGAUAGUGCGUUCGGAGGACGAUUUCGAGGCAGAACCAUUCCUUACCGAGGAAGAGGUCUUGACGGACAGCAAAUUCUACCAUGCCAGCAACUCUACAGCAUCGAUACAUCCCACUUGCCUACCUCCAAAAGGCCGAUUUCUUCGCUUCGCCAGGUGGACAGUGUUUGGUGUUUACCGGCGGAUAUUCCUCUCAAUCGUCAUAAUCAAUAUAUGGCAAGGCCACCGAAUAAUUACGAUGAAACGGAGGUCGAAAUAUUCUCCUCUACUUGUCGACAUAUCGACUGCUGCAUCUGCCAAUAUGCUGCUCGCUAUUCUUAUGCGUCAGGACUAUAUCAUAAACCUCAUUUUCAAAGUUUGUUGGUUCGUCCCAUUUUGGGCACCUCUCAGGCUGAGAAGAUCAUUGGCCAAGAUCUACGAGUAUGGUGGACUUCAUAGCGGUGCAGCAGUCUGUUCAGUAUUGUGGUUUACACUACUGGCUGGCAUCUUGACAUGGGAGUUUGUCACGAUCCGAAUUGCAGAUCCCCUUAUCAUUCUGUGGUCCUUUGUUGUCGUCGGUGUUCUCUGGACGAUGCUGAUCACAGCAUAUCCAACGUUUCGAGCCUCGAGGCAUAACACCUUCGAAAAUAUACAUCGAUUCGGAGGCUGGGCGGUGCUUGCUAUUUUUUGGCCUGAGCUAUGGCUAUUUACUCGAGCACUUGGCCACCAAGCUGGACCUGCUUCACCUGGAGCAGUGCUUACAAAGCUUCCUGCAUUCUGGCUUCUGAUGGCGUCUUGCUUCCACGUUGCUUUACCAUGGAUGCGUCUUCGCCGCCUGAAAAUACAGCCGGAACGUUUAGGUGUAGGAGUUCAUGCCAUUCGAAUUCAUCUAUUUGAGAAAGUUCCCAACUGUGUCGUAUAUCGUAUUGCUGAUACGCCACUGAAGGAAUGGCAUUCGUUCGCGUGUAUCCCGGAAAGAGACGGCAAUGGAGGCUCUUUGAUUGUCUCCAAUGCUGGCGACUGGACAAGAAGAGCCAUCAACAAUCCGAAGAAGUGGUAUUACACUCGUGGCAUACCUACUGUUGGAGUCCUCUGCAUGGCCCAGCUUUUUCGUAAAGUGAUUAUCGUGACUACUGGAUCAGGAAUUGGGCCAUGCUUGGGAACAAUGAUGAACAUUCCUGCCACGACAUGCAGGGUAUUGUGGAGCGCACCCGAGCCCAGACACACCUUUGGCGAUGAGAUUUGUGAUCGAGUGCUUGAGGUUGAUCCAGAGGCUGUGGUAAUCGAUACACACGCCGUUGGACGCAAAGACCUGGUCGCCUUGGCGUACAAGUUAUAUGUCGAAGAGAGAGCAGAGGCAAUUUUCUGUGUCAGCAACAAGGCGUUGUCGAAGCACCUGGUCUAUGAAAUGGAAAGUCGAGGCGUUCCGGCUUUUGGACCGAUCUGGGACUCAUGA